UAUCAGCUUUUCUCAGCAAUCGGGCGCGUCCUGUGAAAAAUAAACACAGACGCACACGCAGUAAGUCCUGCUUGCUCUUCUACGCACUCACGCAGAGAGAAAGCUGAGAAUCGCGACCAACGGAGUCGAGUGUCCUGUAUAGCUUACGAACACCACAAUGUCUGACCCUGAGCAGCCGCAUACGGAGGUCAGCGGUCAACCCGAAGGCACAGUAGCCGUUAGCAUGACGUAUGCGAUGUCUCCAAGAGGAAUGCUAAAGAUCGUCGAAUUCUUCCAGUUAUUAAUUGCCUGGGUGUCAGCGGUCGCUUGCUGUAGUGCCAACUUUUUCCUGUUCGUAACCAUAUUCUCUUGGAUCUUCGUCACCAUCAUCUUUUUGUUCUACUUUUUCUGCCUCGUGCAGAAAAUACCGCAGAUCAAUUGGGACAUGUCGGUGUUUAUAAACUCCAUAAUCUGGGGGAUCCUACUUCUCGUGGCUUCAUCUUUGCUUGCCAAUUAUGCCCGAGUGCAUAAUUAUGCCAUCUUGCCUGGCUCCCUUUACUCUGCCAUCGUUUUCGGCUACUUCAGUGUUGUGGCCUUUGUGGCAGAUGCGUGCGUCCACUAUCAGAUUUUACGUUCCUAGACGCAUGGGGUCCCUGUGUAAAUCCAAGUCAGCUCGUAGCCGUCGAUUUACUAUAUAUGUAUUAUCCGAUGUAAUAUACGUUUUUGUAAUAGUCUAAUAACUCCCCGCCUGCCUUCAAACAGGAACUACCACUUUACUUCCGGUCGAGUAUGGGUAACAAUCUCCGAUCAUUUCUAACAAAAAAGCGAAAAAUAUCUUAAAAUGGCGAUAAAAGCAGUGUGUCUAUGGAAGUUUCUUUGAGGUUGGACUGAUAAUUUAUAGCGGAUGGUCUGUUAAAUAGCGCGGAUUCUAAUAUAUUAUUUUUCUUUGUCGGUUGAGGUUACCGUCGGCCUUCAGCAAGUAAACUGGUGGGAUAGGGUUAAUAUGCCGUUUAAAAAACAAUAAAAAUCUGUCGGUGAUCAGUAUCUAA